AUGCCUGGGGUACCAUCGAACAAGGCUUGUGAGCGUUGUAAAAAGAGACAUCUCAAGUGCGACGAAACGCGGCCGGGCUGUCAGCGUUGUACCAACGCCGGCGUGGAGUGCCCUGGUUAUGUCCAAACUCGCAAGUUCAUAGACCAAGGUGCUUCUGUAAGGCGUCGAUACGCACCUUACAGUGAAACUCAUCCAAAGCCACAUGCAGCCAAAUCAGCGGAAGGUGUAACCGGUAAUCUCCCAGCCGGCUUAGAGCAAAAUGUGAUACAGACUCCUGUUGACCAGGGUCUGUCUCGCACCAACUCGGCCGCAUCAAUGAACUUGGCCCUGGGGACCGACGAAGUCACUCAAUUAGCGGUCCGGUCAACUCCAAAUGAGCUAGUGUCAACCAUGCAAGACACACCGAUGCAAACAGACGGCAUGGCCGAUGUUGUGAAUCAACUUGCCCUACAGGCUGGGCCAACCGAAAUUGCAGGUUCGGACCAGCAGAGUGCUUCCAGUCGGAGCAACGUACAGAGCUCAUUUUCGCCAAAUAAGGCCGCAGCUGGAGGUUUCGCUGUGCCAAAUAAUGUCUACGGCGAGCUCAAGAAAUCCACUGCCGCUACGCGCUUGAACUCUUCGAGAAGUCCCUCACAGCGUAGUGAACAGGAGGAGUUUCAGGAUAUAUUCUCGGAGCUAAUGACUGGUACUGAGCACGAGCUUGCUUUUCUUACGAGGCACUUCUCAGCGACUCUGGGGCCCUGGCUAGACAUCUCGGACUCUGGAAAGUUCUUUUCGGCAUACGUUCCAGUUCGCGCGAUUCACGAUCCUUGUCUCAAGUAUGCAAUCGCAGCUCUGGCAGCGAAGCAUCUGGGUAGAGUCAAAGGCGCAAUAUCUCCGGCCGGUGGAGGAUUGUUUACUAGUCCACCGACAAUGGAGGUGUACCCUAAUCCCGCUCAGGUGGAUUGGUUUUUAAAAGCUGCCAAUUACUACUAUCUUGCCGCUUCUCACAUCAACGGCUCGGUCUCCGAUGCCUAUUCAGCUGUCUCUAGCACAGCCGUCUUGGAGUCGCCAGUGGACACCGUGAGUCGAUGGCUGACCCUCCAGUUACAGCAAACUGGACAUGGACCUCCUACGGAGCAACCAGUUGUAGGGACCUUUUGGAGAAAAGUGGAAGACUUACUCGCCGCAACGGUCAUACUCACAACGUACAAGCUCUUGGAUGAAGCUGGAGAAAUGUGGCAAUCUCAUCUCAAGGGAGCCAAGUCUGCGUUCGAUGGAUUGUUGCAAAUAUACAGCAACUAUGCAGAGCCCCCACAAUUUUCACACGGGAUUGCGGCUUGCUUUUUUGACUUUGCUCGCUUUGACUAUCUAGGAGCAUACUUUACUCGGUCUUUGACACAUUUCGAUCCGGACAGCCUCACAUUAUGGAGAGCGGCCGGCGUCCCCAUUGACGAACAUGGAAACCUCCGGUUAGAGAGUGGACUGGCUCGAAACCCAAUGAUGCUCCAACGGGAGGACUUGGCAGCAAACAGUCUGAUCUGGCUUCUGAACAAGGUUCUCAACUUCUUGGCGGUUUCGAAAAGGUCCCAGGUGGAGCAGUGGGUUGGUCAGCCACCGACCGAUUCACCUUCUCCAACCGUCGCAUCUCCACGUUCUCAGCCGACUACAUCCACCUGGUUGAGGCUCUGCUUUGAGUUUCAGACGUGGGUCGAGCAGAUGCCCGAGACUUUUCGCCCCUGCCUGCGUCUUGAUCGCCCCAAGGAUCUGUCCAAACUGCCUGAGAUUGGCCAGAUGCCGUUCCCCGAGGUCUUCUACGGCAUGACAUCUUGUGCCGCCGCGAUGCAGCAGUAUCACUUUGGCCGUCUUGCAUUGUCGCUCAACCGUCCGCCUGAUGUGAUCAGCGCACCGAGCACCGCCUUUGACCGGCUACAAAACUAUCGCGAGUUGACGAAAGAGGUGGACUACCGCUGCAAGGAGAUUUGCGGUAUCGCUCUCGGCAGGCCGCAAGGUGGUGUACGUGUCUACAUGAUACCCCUACUCUUUGCCGUGGGGCAGUGCCUCGAGAGCCCCGAAGAACGCCAGAUUAUCGGAGACCUGCUCCGCGGGGUCGAAGCUGACCUGGGAUGGGCGACUGGUUCGCAAAUCCAGAAGCUCCAGAGUCUGUGGGAUCAAUGA